AGUGCAGUGUUUGCUCACCUGUGGCGCUACUCAGAGCGACAGGUUGGUUUCUGGUCAGCACCACCCAGCCUCCUGCUUCUUUGGUGAGAUCCCGACAGUUGGCUGGAAACGGAAGAAACGCCGGUCACCGAUUUUCCGUCUGCAAGCAAGCCGGUGCGGAAGUCUCUUUAUUAGUGUUAUAUAUAUACACAUUGGGAAAGGUAUUAUGGGAAAUGGACUGAUCGGGUAGUGUACUGACCUCCCGUUACUGAGUUCCCCAACAAAGAGAUAUACAACAAUUCUCUCCCUGGCUCUGGUAUGAAGAGACAACAGGAGCGUUGUCCUCUGUGAUGCCGAGAUGCCCGGAGAUUCCCCAGUGGGAGGAGCAGGGAGCUCUGGUGGCCAACUCAAUCCUCUUGGCCUCCGCAGCCUGGAGGCCCUAGGCUGUCGCUGGCAUGAGGAGGACCAGCGAGAGGCCCUUGACGGACACGAGGCCCCCGAUGGUCAGGCCCGCCGUGGGGAACUGGACCCGGCGCCGACUCCUGAAGUCAGCCAGUACCUCAUCCCACUGGAGAUGAAUGGAAACCACCUAUAUCCAGCACCUCCGCUGGUGAUGGGGUGCCAAAAUACCCACUGCCAUGUGUGCAACACCUCCUUGGAAAUGCAUAUCCAGCUGGAGCAGGGCUGGAGGCUGUGGCAGCAGUUCCUGAAGGCCCACUCACACUUCGGCGACUGGCUGCGAUUGGCUGAGAGCUCUGCCGCCAACCCCAACUCCGCCCAGGUCCCGUACAUCACUGCCAAGGAGGAGCUGAGGAAGUUUGAGGGCUUGCAGAGGGAGGUGAGAGCUCGUCUGGCUCAGCUGCAGUCCAUGAACAUGCAGUACCGGUGCCUGGCGAGGGUCUACGGCUGUGAGGUGGGCACAAAGCUGCAGCUCCUCUUCCAGGACAGCAGCCAGCGCUGGGACCUCCUCAGCAGGACCGUGGACAACGUGUGCCGCAGGCUCAAGCACUUUGUCAACCAGCGGGAGGAGUUCGAAAGCGAGAGAGAGGACAUCGCCAUCUGGCUGGCAGAGCUGAACCUCCGGCUGACUGAAGUGGAGCACUUCUCUGGGAACAACAGCUCGGAAAAGAUGAAGGAGCUGCAGACCUUCCAGGUGCUGGUUGGGGAGAACGCGGAGCGGCUGACCGGCCUGCUGGAGUGGGGCGAGAGGCUGAUCCAGCGCAGUGAGCCUGGCGACGCCGAGGAGAUCGAGGAGGAGCUGCAGGAGCUGCUGCUGUACUGCGCCCGGGUCUUCGACGGGGUGGCGCGGCUGCACACGCGUCUGCUCAGCAUGCGACUGGUGUUCGAGGAGGACUUGCUGUUGGACCAGCACUCCGGCUCCGACUCGGAGGCGCAGUGGGAAGACGAGGGGAUUUACGACCGGAGCAGCGUGUCGGAUCCUCAGCGCUCCCUCUCCCCUGCCGCAGGCCUGGGUCCCGGCUCCAGCCUGGACUCCCUGGCCCUGGAGUGGGACCCCUCCGUGGACGUGGGGGGGUCCGGUUCCCACGACGACGCCGACUCCUCCUACUUCAGCGUCGUCACGGGGCUGCCCCAUAAGGAAGACAGCUUGUCCAAGGACACGCGUGCCAACAGAAGGAGUUUCCUGAGUUCGCUGGGGUCGCAGUCUGACGUGAUCACCGCAGACGUGGGCACAGAAUGCGAUGUGGGAUACGAGGGUUCGAGACGGCCUGGCCCCUCUGCACUGCCAGGCAGCCUGGAGUCAGGUGAAGACAGUCCUCACCACAUUUCUGGGCCACGUUUGACGUCCAGUGGACACCUGGCUGAGCCUGUGACCUUUGACCCAGAGCGCAUCAGUGCGUGGCUGGGGCAGACAGAGUCACCUCUGCGUCAGGCCCCCAGAGCACUGGAGGUGCCGGCUCACGGUGAAGCCCUGGAGACUGACGACACUCGGAAGUGCUUCAGGCUGCCUCAGGAGGGGAUGCCAUGUGUCCCAGGAAAUGCCUCUCCUCUUCACCUCACUUCCGGUCCUGCUGGGGAGGAGCGGAGCGCCCGGAGUCGGACACAAGGGAAGGUGUCGGACGCAAACGGCCCCGCACCGUGGAGCAGACGCAGGAGACACCCAGACGUGCACCCGGGCGUGCAGCAGGUCCAGGACAAGAGCAUCAACUGCCCUGGCAUCCCCGAAGUCAAAAUCAACAUCGAUACCGAAGCGGAGUGCGUCCCACAGAGCAGGACCGGUCGAGCUGCCCGGCGGCGCCACGCCCCCGUGCUCCUGCGCUUGGCCAAGGCCGCCCUCUUCCUCUUCCUCUCGCUGGCCCUUGUCCUGGCCCUCCUGCGCCAGCUCCCGGCCGGCGCCAGCGACCCCCGCUGCCAUCGCGCCAACACCUUCGCCCGCUCCCUGCGGCUCAUGCUGCACUACGUCAACGGCCCGCCCCCGACGUGAAGGAGCCUCGAACCCGUCUCCAGGUUUACACGGCGCGUGGAGGACGAUGGCGAUGCCUGCGAGCUGACAUGCCUUUCAGGGCUGUGGAAAUGAAGGAACUGUCUUCCUUUCACGGAGACAUGGAAAGUCCCAUUAAGAAAAACAAGGACAUUAAUGAAAGGUAAAUAUUUUUCAGGAACACGUUAAGAAAACGGCUGCAUGCACCUUGUGGCUCUACACUUCAAAUACUGUUUUCUUGUAACCAGAUUUGUCUAUUUUCGGAGUAGGUAGUCUAAAGAGACCACUUCACUGGUUACUGUAGCAGUGUAGAAUUCUGAGGGUCACCUUUGAGAUGAGAUGAGACAGUUCUUUUGCACUGUGAUCUACAGAAGAAUGUGCCUUGAACUCUGUGCUUUAUGUUGUGAGCCUCUGUUAGAGUGUUUGUCUUGAGAACAGGAUUUGCAACACAAUCUGACUGAAACCUGUCUUGUGAUAAAUACUUCCAUUCCAUCGCACACACUUCUCACACAGACACCUGGGCUGUGUUUCGACUCACGGCCUCCAGCUGUGUGCUGGAGAUGCUACAUUUUAAACCGUCCACAUGUGCUGGAUGAGAAGGCAUCCUCAAAAUCAUUGCAUGAUUGUGAUCCUUUGUUUUUGUGUGCUCAGAGAAAACCAACAUCACAGAUGGAAUUUUGUACAAUAAAAUUUAGUAGUGCAGAAAGUAUGUGAGUUUUUAUACGAAGGGAGGUCUGUCCUGUCAGCAUCAGUCUUACGCAGGUAGGUUGUUCGAUUAUCUUCGUUCCUCUGACACCGGUCUCCUGUCUGUCUCCCAUGUCUGUCUACACUCUAUUGGUGACAUAGACUUCUCCUGCUGCACCCCAAAACUCUGGAAUUCUCUCCUCAGGGAUAUCAGAGAGUGAAUUAGAGUCCGGACUCUAAACCUUUCUCUUCAGGCUUUUACUUAAUUAACAUCUGUGUCUUCUCCACUUUCUCAAGACUAUGCAUCUUCUGCUGCAGUUCUAACUGUUUGUGUUUCUUAUAUGUGCUUAUUUUGAAUUUCGCUAUCCUAAAAACAGUUUUUAACCCUUUUUUACACCUACUAUAAAGUGCUUUAAGAUGUUACUUUUAAAGUUGCUAUAUA